AUGAAGGACGGUAGGAUCCUCUUUGUGGGUGACAGCGACAAUGUUCAGGCAUUUGUCGGAGAUGGGACGGAUGUGAUCGAUCUCAGAGGUAAAUACGUCACGCCGGGCAUGAUUGAAUCGCACAAUCAUGUUGUGUCCUCCAAGUGGAUCACGACAGGUGUCGAUGUAAGUGCUGCGCGAUCGGUGGACGAUGUAGGCCGAUUGAUGAAAGAGUAUGUCGAUGCCAAUCCUGAUGAAACAGGCCCCCUUAUAGGUUUUGGCUGGAUGCCGGCCAACCUUGGCAACCAGCAACCCCGGGCCGCCGACCUGGAUAAAUGGGAUCUUGGCCGCCCGACGAUGGUCAUCGGCAACGCAUCUCACGAUGCAGUCCUGAACACGCUCGCGAUGGAGGCAUCCGGGAUAUCUGCCGACACGCCCGAUACGCAACCGGGUGUGAUCUAUUGGGAGCGAGAUGAAGACGGCAAUCCGACUGGCCUCGGGAUCGAGACUAUUUUCUUCAAGGCUUAUGUCGACAUGGGUGCUUGGGAUCCGGAAACGAUUGUGCCGCAAUCUGCCGACUUCCUUCAAGACUAUUUGGCCGGCAAAGGCGUGACUACGGCGAUGGUGCCAGGCCUGGUGACUCCAGGUCUUUCUAUCAGUACCCAAAAUGCCAUGGAAGACAUGCGUGACAUCAUGGCCGUGAUGAAAGCACGUGAAGACAACGGCCAGCUCAAGAUGCGCUUCAACAUCAUGCCGUGGUUCAAGCUGCCCGAUGCCGACCCGCAAACCGUGAUCGAUUUCGCUGUCGAAAUGCGCAAACUCUACAACACCGACAUGUUGCGAACGGACAAGAUCAAGAUCCAUCCGGAAAACGCCUGGCUCUCCCGUGGCGCUACGCAGCUUGAAGCCUAUCUGCCGGAAAACCCCGGCGAUGCGCCGACGUGGGGCGAAUAUGGUGUUUCACCAGACCGCCUGUUCGAAGUGGUCAACCGGGCCAAUCUGAACGAUCUGGAUGUCAUUACUCAUGCGGACGGCUCGCGGCUCAUCAAGCGGCUUGUCGAUAUCAUCAUCGAGGCCAAGAAACACUACCCGAACGCGCGCAACAGGCUUGACCACCUUACUUCGAUGGACAACGAGACGCGCGAUAAGAUGGUGCUCCACAACAUUCCUUCGAAUGCUAGCCCACUGUUCUACAAUGAACUGGAUUCCGGUAGGAACGGUGUCGAACUUUUCAAAGUUAUUCCAGGAGCUUUUGCCCGCGAGGCACAUGGCCAAUACACCGAACUGGCGCAGAUGUAUGACAACCUGUCGCUUUCCGGGGACGCGCCCGGGGCACCCAUCGAGAGGGCCUAUCCGGCAUAUCUUUUCCAGCAGUCGAUGACCCUGGUCGAACCUUCGAUUGAAGGCGCGCUUCCCUUCCCGGACUGGCGCCCCACAAUGACAAUCGAUCAGGUGCUGAACGCCUAUACUGUCGCGCCCGCCUGGCAGAUGGGAAUGGAAGAUGUGAUUGGCUCGCUGGAGGUCGGAAAAUACGCUGACAUCGCGAUCUGGCAGAAAAGCCUGCGCGAGAUUGCACCGGAAAACAUGAUCGAAGAAGCGAUUGUCAUCGGCACACUGUUGAAUGGCGAGUUCACACAUCGUGACGGGCUUUAA